CAGUAUUAAAAAGCGUAGCACUCAGCCUCAGACCUGACUGUCAAUAACACUUUUGCCAGUGUUACCUUUAAGCAAGUGUGUGAGAUCUCUAGCGAAAGUUUCUAUUUUACACUUGUUGAGUCUCAGCUGUUGAAGAAAACACUGCUUGCUUAGUCCAAAUGGAUGCGAUUUUGAACUACAGACUAGAGGACAUGGAAGAUUAUUACAGUUUGCUAGGAUGUAGUGAACUAUCAACGGUUGAACAAAUUCAGGCUGAGUUUAAGACUAAAGCCCUGGAAUGUCACCCUGACAAACAUCCUGGAAACUCUAAAGCUGUGGAGAAUUUUCAGAAGUUGCAGCAGGCAAAGGAGAUUCUGACUAAUGAAGAGAGUCGAGCUCGUUAUGAUUACUGGCGACAAAGCAAAAUUGCCAUUCCAUUCCAGCAGUGGGAAGCUCUGAGUGACUCCAUAAAAACGUCUAUGCACUGGGCUGUUACAAAUAAGAAAGAUCAAAUGCUGGAAGCACCAAAUCUGGCUAAAAGCAACAGCAUAACUAAUGAGAUUUGGGCCCAACAGCCAGAAAACAGUAAGGAGGGAUUUUCAGGUGAUAGAAGGGAGCAAGAAGAUUCUGAGACUUCUGACAUGAAUCCACAAUCACCAAAGAAUCCAGACUCUCCAAGAUUUUCAGAGGCAAAUUACUGGCACUUACGUUUCCGCUGGUCCGGUGAUGCCCCUUCAGACCUUCUGAGGAAGUUCAGAAACUAUGAAAUAUGAAAUGUGUCAAAGAUAUGGAAGAACAUGGAAUCAUCUAUUUGACAGUUCAGUACCAUUUUGUCCAAAUGGUUGUUGGUGUCUUGUGUCCUUUCACUGUUAUCUGAAUGUUACUCUGUUAGAUUUAUGAUACUGAUCUCUUGUCACACUUUGUAAAAGCCUUUUGAUGGAAUCACCUUUUUCAAAUAGGCAUGUGCUGCCCUUUCUAGUAUUAGCAUUAGUAAUGUUUGUGCUGAAACUGGUCUACUGUUAUAGUCUCUUCCCUGUGUUCUUGCAGUACAUAACGGCUGUGUCUGCAUGAACCAUGAUAUGAUGCUACUGCACAGUAGUAACGAGCUACUGCACAGUCAGUGUCACCUGGAAGCCAUGCGGAGACGCUACUGCGUAGUAACACCAACUAUUGCGCAGUCAUUUAGUACUUGGCUACGCAAGUACUAAAUGACUGCAUAGUAACAAGUGCAUAGUCGGCAUCUCAUGUAGACACAGCCAAUGAGUGAAGCAUUUCUAUUCGUAUUAAAUGCACUCAUUAAAAUGUAGCUAUGGAAGAAUGAACACUUAAUGUAGUCUACUUUUAGAUUUUGUGGGACUUAGUAAUGAUCUCCCAAAAUAUUAAAUACAACUAUGUAUAUUUCUAAAGUAGACAUUUUUGGCCUAAUACUCCAUUUUCUGGCACAUUUUGUAUUUAUUUAUAAUGAUAAUGAGGAUAUAAACAUUGAUUACUACUAUUCUCAUAUUUUGGGGAGAGAUCUCUCAAGUUUCCUGUCUAGUAUCCCCUCAAAGGGGACAAAUUUGAGGAGAACAUGCAAAGGUGAGCUUGACCCAUGCACCUGUGAAUCUAAAAUCUUUAUAGAAAACUAACCCCAGAACUGCAGAGGCAGCAAUCUCCAGCCAGCAUGGAACACACACGGCUACUGGUUAAGCAAACCUAAACAGAACUUAUCCUGCUUUUUAGCCUAUAAACCUACCUAUCUGUGGUACAAAACUACAAACAAUGAGAGGCUAUUACUAGACUGCAAUUCACUCUGAGAUCUGCAGUUGUCAGGGAAGGUGGGGUUGGACCCCAUAUUCAGACAAAAUAUGUUCUUAUGGGAAAAAUAGCAUAGAUGACUUCUAUACGACCAAAAACAGUGAUUUGUUGUUUGAAGAAAUAAGAGGAAAAUGGAUCUUUCCAGUAAUGAAAAAUUUAAAAUUCUGAACUAAUGAAGAAAAAACAACUUGGCUUCUCUUUAGUAAUUUGGAGCCUGUCCUAUGCUUAUUAAUUAUAUUUGCAUUAUUUGCAUAAAAAAUGAGCACCAAAAGUAAAUAGAAUUCCCCUGUCUUAUUUUAUGGCUUCAUUUUCAUCUCUUUUUUGUAUCAUCAUAUGCUAUGUUCUGUCUUAAUUUUGUGUAAGCUGGUAAAAUGGAUAAUCUUAUUGCAUGCAUUUAGCAAAAGUAUAAAUUAUAUAAAUGUUGCUAUUAGAGCACAUACAAUUUUUAUUGUUCAUUUUAUUGUAUUGUUUUAGUGAAAGCUGUAAAUAAACCAUUACCAUUACCA